GACUUAGCCGGGUCUUCUCUGAUAGGACGGACCACUCCGCCGGAAAAGGAAGUGUGCUCCUUCCUUUCUUGCCAUCCUUUUGUUCGACAUGCGUGAAUUUCCGCCGCCAGCGCUCGGUAUUCGGGUCAUUUAUCAGGCGCAGGCCUCAGGACCUCGCCUAUAAAAGACUGAAAGGAUCGCCGCCGAAACCAACAACUACUCCCUCACUCUCUCAUUAUGACCUCCCGAGUCUACGGCCCCUUCCUCCGCGGAGUCAUCGACAGCCCCUGCGCGUCAAGUGGCCUUUUCGCCAGCAUGCGGGGCGCGUCCAGGAACGUCGUCCUGAAGAACACCGGCGACAUCGAAGACGACCCUAUGCUGAUCGCGCUGGCGCCCAACAGCGGCUUUGAGCUGGUCAAGUACGUCGUGGGGGAAUAUAUCAAGGAGAUAGAUGAGCGCAGCUCUCAAAAGGUGCCUGAAGAGGCGCUGCACGAGUUACUUGCGCCGAUCGUCCUUGCCCACAUCACCUUCCGCUGGGCGGACGAUGGCAGGGGAAAGCUCAGGACUGGGCAGUUCGCCCCUCUCAGAGACACCUUUUGCAUAGCUGCGUAUAACCUGCACAUCACGGACCGCGCCCAAUUUGCGGAGACUAUUCGUACCAUCUUCACGCCCUUGGUGGAGUUGGCAGUACGCCGGUCAUGCAAGUCUCAGACGGUCGUCCUGCCCCAAGAGAACCACGAGGAUGUCUGCGGAGACUUCGUGCGCAAGCGCCGUCUGCCCGGCGCUGAAGUUGGGCCCUCAGGGCUUAAAGAUACCGGGGAGGAGAGCAUCGAGCGUCCCUCCAGGAGGCAGAAGACGAAGUCCGUGACUGGCCCAGAAGAUGUGGAUACUCCCGCUCCUUCCUCAUCUUCCGACGGUGUCGGUGGCUCACGCGGCUCAUCGGCGAACAAACCAAUCGAGCUUGACAGAAUCCCUCUGGGCUUGCAGCUCGAACUUCAACGACAGAGGAAUGCGUUCUACAGCGAGCACAACGGUGUUGGACGCCUCGUUAAUGCGGUACUGGCUACUGUGUCGUCUUCCGCUAGCGCCACCGCCGUCGAGCUCGCGAAGCUUAGAAUGACCAUCCUUCCUUGGAUCAGAAAGCACAGGCUCAUGGUCGCGUUCGCAUUUUGCCUGGGAUGCGCGGUCAUCUCCAACCCCGACUGGCUGGCGAAGUUCAAUGCCGUGUUCCCCAAGGGAAUCAUAUCGCUGUUUUUCAAUGGAACACCCAGCGUAGAGAGCUCCGCUUUGGCUCCCGAUGUCCUGAACGUCACCAACCUCGCUACCGCAACCGUAGCGCGGGAUGUCUGCACCGUCCUUCAUGACGGCGGUUCCGCUUUGGCCUCGACCUGCCCGACAGUGCCGAUGAGCGCGCCUGCGACGACUGCUUUGCAGGACAUGUGUACUGCACUGCACGACGGUGGAUCGGUUCUUGCCACCAGUUGUUCGACCCUCCCGUCUGUCACCUCUGCUGCGGCCUCGACACUAGCAUCCACUACCGUGCCCACAGUCGGGAGUGGCGCGACUUGCACCGCGUUGUCUGCACCCUCGGCUGCUUUGACGCCCGACUUUGUCGUGGAUGUUCGCCAGUGCGUCAGGGCCCAGCUCGGCGAGGAAGCCGCCACCGGUCCUCAACUCGAGGCUAUGCUUCAGGCCCUCGACGACGCUGUCAAGAAGUCGGGGGCCGAUGCGCCAGUCGAGGUACCCAAGCAUCUGAUUGGCAAGAUCAGUUGCGAGGGGAGCGCCUACAGCACCUUCCAGUGGGUCAUGGACAGGCAGGGUAGGAUCUCGAAUAGGGCGUUCUAUGGGGGUCUUCUGAAGGCUAUGCUUUGUGGCACCUUCAGUGGAAUGGGUGUCGUCAAACCGAAGAUGUGAUGCUGUUCUGUCUUAUGUAUAUGCACAUUUCAUGUAUGUUACUAUGCCCUUGACACCAGCUAUGCUUGACAUGCCUGAGAACUGCCCAAUAUUCGAACUCUGAUGUUCUUCAACC